AGGAUCGUCGUCGUCGUUGUCGUCGCCGCCACCACCGGCACCACCACCGUUACGCCACGACCGCGCGCGUUAGUAACGUUUCGGUAUCGCUACCGCGCGCAACCCGACGUCGUAAUUUUACCCGAGCACAACAUAGACCCYGCUCGCGGACUUCGAGACUCGCACGCCGCAAUAUCUUCGUCGUGUAUUUCGCGUAGUCGAACUUAUAACAUUAAUAUCGUCAACAGCAACAUUUUACCUAUCGACAACAAUAUUUUAUUAUCAUUAUCGCCGCGCGCGUGAUUCCAUAUUUUUUGCACAUCUAUUCCAUCGCCGCGCCGCAGUGCAUUUCUGUCGGGGGCUGCGUUCCCGAGGCAGACGAAUUGGCGCGCGUACCCGCCGUGGAUAAACGCGCAUAUAUCGCACCACCUGCUUAGAAUAAUAACAAUUUUAGUUUCCAUGUGCGUCAGUGCGAGGUAUCGCGAUGGAUUUGAGUAGACCGCCGAUCCGGUAACUCGUCGUAUACCGGAAAUCUGCUUUUUCCGUGUUAUUAUCUGUAAAUUUUUAACCAAGAUUUAGCCAUGGAUGCAGGUAGUUCGGCUUGCGUGGCUUUGGCGUUUUUGGUCAACUACAAUACGUUAAAAGCUGGCUUCGUGUAUGAUGACAGCCGGGCUAUCGUCAACAACCCGGACGUGACGCGAGCCGCUCCUCUGACCGACAUCUGGACCAACGACUUCUGGGGCACGCCGAUCGGGUCGAGCAGCUCGCACGGUUCGUACCGGCCGCUGUGCGUGGCCUCGUUCCGGCUGAACCACUGGACGGGUGGCCUGGACCCCAAGGGCUACCACGCGGCCAACGUUCUGCUGCACUGCGCCGUCACGUAUCUGGUGUACGUCGUGUACCGGACGCUGAUGCCCGGCCGCCGGCCAGCCGCCGCCGCMGCCGUGUUCGCCGUCCACCCGGUGCACGCCGAGGCCGUAGCAGGUGUCGUGGGCCGCGCCGACCUGCUCGCCUGCCUGUUCUACCUGGCCGCGUUCCUGUGCUACACGGCGCACGUCCGGCACCGGGACAGGACGCCAGACCCGCGGCGACGCGUCGUGUGCUGUGACGCCGGCUGCCACCGUCGGACGUACCGUCUGGGUUCGGCGGUGCGCACCGUUUUCGCCGCCCUGGGGCUGGGCACGUGCUCCAGCGACCUGGAUGGCCUGCCCGGCGGCGUGACCGAGUGCUGCGCUGUCCGAGAGUGGGCCUGCUUGGCGGCCACCGUGCUUAUGGCGGCCGCGUCCAUGCUGGCCAAGGAAACCGGGCUGACCGUGUUGGCCGUGUGCGCCGUGUACGACGUGCUGUUCGCCAGCAAGCAGUCGCCGAACAAGAACUCUGGAGGAAUGUACAGGACACUGGCGAUUCUGUCGGGCGCGGCCGCUGGUCUGCUGUUCGCCAGGAUGUCGCUGAUGGGUGACAGCGGACCGCCGGUGUUCGCAGCGGCUGACAACCCGACCGCCAAGUCACCCAGCCUAGUGACAAGGACGCUGACGUUCCUUUACUUGCCAGCUGAGAACUUUCGGUUGCUCGUAUACCCUCGAAGGUUAAGCUUCGACUGGUCUAUGGACGCCAUCGCGCCCGUCACAUCCGUCUAUGACCCCCGGAAUGCGCUGUCCAUCGCCCUGUACGUGGCCUUGUUCGCCGCAGCCAAGCGGUCAGUCGCAGCCGCAUCUAAGGCCAGACUACAUCAUAACCGGCCUCAUAGAUGCUGUUCGAAGACCAAGUAUGAUCGCCCGUCCGAUCGUCCCGAUGAUCCGGUAAGGGCUGUGGGACUCGCCAUCGCCAUGACCGCUAUACCAUUCGUUCCAGUGUCCAACAUGUUCUUCUACGUGGGCUUUGUGCUGGCUGAGAGGGUGCUAUACAUGCCCAGCGUAGGAUACUGCUUCCUGUUCGGGUACGGUUACGCAGCAUUAGAACGUCGUUUAGGUCCCAAGUGGCCAAGGAUGGGACUGAUGGUAGUGCUCACCGUCUAUGGUGCUCGAACAGUCAUAAGGAACAACGACUGGCAGGACGACGAGUCGCUGUACCGAUCGGGCGUGCACAUCAACCCACCAAAAGCCUAUGGAAAUUUGGGCUCAAUACUGAGUAGUCAGGGUCGACUGGAUGAGGCGGAAACUGCACUGAGGACGGCAUUACGAUAUCGACCGAACAUGGCGGACGUACAUUACAAUUUAGGAAAUUUGUUGCGGGAAAAAGGCGACGCCGAAGCAGCCGUAUCAAGUUACAAAAAUGCGAUCAGAUACCGACCAUCGCUGGCAGUGGCGUACCUAAACAUGGGGCAACUGUUGGCCACGAUGGGCCGGUGYGAGGAAGCGGAAUCCGUGCUGAAGUUAUGCGGUUCGCUGGAUGGUUCGCAUUCCAAAGACCCUGUGAACCACGAGACCAGCAGGGUUUCUGCACUUGUAACGUUGGGCAAACUGCACGCCGACCGGGGCAGGUACUCGGACGCGGUGCAGGCUUACAAACACGCAGUCGCUAUACUACCRCCGUACUACAACUCUCGGAGAACGCGUAUUCACGAGGCAGAAAAUUGGUUUCUACGGGCGAAAAAAUUGGCUCCCGGCGAUGCGUCCGUGUACAAACAUUUCGGAGUUUUUCUGCUGGAACAAGAACGGUAUCCCGAAGCCGCUUCGCAGCUGGUGGAAGCCGUCGCGCUGGAGCCCGAAGACUAUGACCUGACAGUGACGGCAGCCACCGCUCUCAGACAGGCGGGCGUGUCGCACCGGGCAGAGGACAUGUACAGAAAGGCAGCCACACUCAGGCCACAAGACGCGAGCAGUCACAGCAACCUGGGAGCCAUGCUACACCUGAACGGCAAACACCGCGAGGCAUUAUCCAGCUACCAAAAUGCGCUAAGGAUAUCGCCUGACGACCGGACCACGUUGGACAAUCUCAACAAACUGAGAAACGUGUUACGGCGACGGUCCAGAGUGGCGUGAUGAUGGCCACCACACAUUGGCCGUGAUGAUUUUAUUAUACUGUAAUAAUAUAAUUGGUUAAAUAAUAUUAUGAUGAUAAUAUUUGACGAUAACAAGGAUGAGUGCAGUGUGCGGUUUUGUAUUUAAGACGUAAUUUUCUAUAUUUUUUUCUGCAUAUACCUAUAAUAUAUAAAUUUAUUUAUUCGUGUACAUAAUAUAGU